AUGAAAAGAAUAAAAAACUAAAUUUAUGAUAACUAUUUUUAUAAUAUUUAUUUUUUUAGGGUUCCAGGUUAAAAUCGUAUUUGGCAUCAUUUAAAGAUUAAAAAUUUAAACCUUUUUUAAUCUGCUACACAUAUUUUUCAAAUUGUUAUAUUUUUAGAAGGAAAUGAAGAAGAUUAAACUAAGUUCAAGCACAUUAAUACUUAAAUUAUAAAACCUUUUUUCUAAAACCCUUAGUAAGAAGAACCAUUAUAAUAAGAAUUUUAGAUUCCUUGGAAGAAAAGAAAAAAUACAAGAAAAGCUAAUGUGCUUAUUAUUUCGUUAAUUUUAUUAUUCUAUCAUCAAAAAAAUUAUUCAUUCUAUGAAAAAUAUGCAAAAAAUGAAUUACUAAUAUCAUUUUUAAACGUGUUGACUUAGUUUAUUAGGAUGAAUAAAUUACUUUUAUUAAGAGGCUUAGAUUUGAUACAAAAAUUGAAGUCACUGAAUUAUGUGAGGAAAUGGAUUUCAAUGAAGAGAUGGAUGUUUAAAUUUAUUUUGUUUAAGUUAAUUAAAUUUAAAAUAAUAUACCUUAAAUCUAUUAAGAAAGAAUAUCACUUUCAAUUAGAGUAUGAUAUUACAAAUCAAAUAUAAAAUAAUUUGAAAAUAAAACAGAUGAAAUGGAAACAAAAUUUAAAUGUAAUUGAAUGUCUUCAGUUCUAGUUGGAUAUUAUAAUAUAUUAAAUAAUGAAGUAAAC